ACAGGCCGUGGCCUCUGACCAUCGCCGUGCCCCUUGCUAGCUCGUGCCGCUCGUGGAUUCCCCAGAGUCCCGGCUCCUGAUCGAGCUCACACACGCAGUAAGCGCGGCGCCACAAGCGGAGCCAUGGCGACGACCACGACGGUGACGAGGACGACGACGGCGCGCCACCGCGGGGCGUGCUGCGCGCACGCGGCGGAUCAGGAGGACGUGGUGGUGCUGUCGCGGACCAAGGAGGCGCCGGUGACGGGGAAGAAGAGGGGGUACUGGGGGAGCAAUAAGCUGCCGCGGCUGUCGCGGUUCGAGGAGCUGCCGGACUACCUGCGGGACAACGAGUUCAUCCGGGGACACUACCGCUGCGAGUGGUCCGUCCCCGACGCGCUCCGCAGCGCCUUCGCCUGGCACAACGAGACCCUCAACGUCUGGACGCAUCUGGGGGGUUUCUUCCUGUUCCUGGGGCUCGCGCUGGCCGGCGAGGCGGAGACGCCGGCGGCCGCGGCCGCUUCCGGGAUGAUGACGAUGGUGAUGACGUCAGCGAACGCGUCCUCGUCGUCCUCGUGGGGUGCCAGCAACUCGAGCUUGGCGAGCCAGAGCAUGUCAGUCCUGGGCAGCGUUCCGGCGGUGGCGCGAUGGCCGCGAACAGUGUUCAUCGUGGGCGCCAUGACAUGUCUCUCGGUGAGCGGCAUGGCGCACCUCCUGGCGAGCCACUCGCGGCAAUUCAACAGGCUCUUCUGGCAGCUAGACUACGCCGGGAUCGCCGCCAUGAUCGUCGCCUCCUUCUUCCCGCCCAUCUACUACACCUUCCUCUUCAACCCGGUCGCGCAGCUCGUCUACCUCUCGGCGAUCACGCUCCUCGGGGUCCUCGUGGUCGGCGCGCUCCUGGCUCCGGCACGGUCGUCGCCGAGGCUCCGGCACAUCCGGGCGGGGUUGUUCGUGUCCAUGGGGCUCUCCGGGAUCGUGCCGGCCAUGCACGCGCUGUGGAUCAACUGGGGACACCCGGAAUGCUACCUGGCAUUGUCGCUGGAGCUGGCCAUGGGGCUCGUGUACGCCGCCGGGGCCGGGUUCUAUGUCGCCCGUGUGCCGGAGAGGUGGUGUCCUGGGAAGUUUGACUGUGUUGGACAUAGCCAUCAGAUCUUCCAUGUGUUUGUGCUCAUUGGGGCGCUCACGCAUUAUGCGGCGACGGCGAUCCUUAUCGGCUGGCGCGAAUCCAUGGCCAUGGCCGCCGUGGUUGGAGCAGAGGCUUUGUUGUGACCUUGAUUGUGAGAGAGUCUGGAGGUGUAAGUGUGACGAUUUGUGUAUGGUAUAGGAGGAGGGGUAGCCAGCCAGGGUGUAAGUGUCAGUGAUUCGUUCAUUCGUGUACCUAGCGUAGAUGAUGAUUCUUUGGAGUCCACGCAAGGAUUCGUGUAUUCGUCGAAAGCAAUUGAAUGGGCAAAGAACGAAGAAGAUUUUGCAA